GUUGUUUCAUCAGGUUUGUGCUUUCAGAUUCUUCUUGCUGGGAACUGCGUGACUUCCUCUCUGCUGCUCUGCAAAGACCAAGGGAUACGGUGAGCGCCGUGAUAAAGAUUGUCUGCCAGAAUGAAAAGUGCUCAUGCUGUCUUACUUCUCGUCUGCAUAGAGGGUCUGCUGGCUUCAGAAGUAUUUGUGAUGCGCCAUCUGUUGGAAUGACAUUGACAUGGCAACUGGACAGACAGAGUACAUCGAUACACAGACGCAUAGUCCGUUAUCCUUCUGUUAAGGUGGACUAGCUGUGUCACUCAUCUCAAGACGGGCUGAAAUCUGAAUAAUCAACGUAGACUGCAGUGUUAACAGUUGAAUUGCACCGUGUACUGAAUGUUUCUCUCUGGGAUUAAAAAAAGCAGUGUUAUGUGUCAUACAAAUGUUUUUUAUUGCUAUAAUGCUUGUGAUGUGUCAUCUGUUGGAAUGACAGAGGCACCUGAUGGAGACACAGACAAAUACUCUUGACACUUAUCCUUUUUAGUUAACGUGGAUGCCAUUUCUUUUAAUUAUAAGGUGAAUGAUUUAUUUUAUUUACAAAUACCUUAUUCUGUUCACAGAGAUUGACAUCUUAUGUUAUAAUGGGACCUGUGAGGUCAAGAAGGAUGUUGAAGGUUCAGGCAACUGGGUGGGAUCCAAGGCUCGCUAUUACAAAUUUGUGGAGAAGAAGAAAACUUUUUACACAGCCGAAAAGUUUUGCAAGCAGCAGGGAGACGAUGCCAAUCUGGCUUCAAUCCACUCCCUGAAAGAAAACAAAGACGUAUUUGAUACUGCUUUAAAAAUUACUUCAUCUGUUCGACGCUUCUGGAUUGGAGGCCUGCGCUUUCCCAAGAGCUCAUAUUUCAUUUGGACAGAUGGAUCAAAAUGGGACUACACCAACUGGGUAUAUGGGCAACCGGACAACGGCAGAGGCAACGAGGACUGUGUGGAGAUGAACUGGAAAGUGGACCAAGAGUGGAACGAUUGUAAUUGUGAAGAACUAAAGCCAUUCGUCUGUCAAAUACAAUAUUAAAUUCAUUAAGCAGAGGAAAUCCUUAAGUUUCAAAAAUAUGUACAUAACGAUUGUUAAAGGCAACUUUAAAGAAGGUGUUGUACAAAUAAAAUCUGCAAGAAACAAAAAUAUAAAACAUUAUUCGGCAAAAUAC